AUGUUGUACCGCGGGGACGUGGUGCCCAAGGACGUCAACGCCACCAUCGCCACCAUCAAGAGCAAGCGCUCUAUCCAGUUCGUGGAGUGGAUGCCGACCGGGUUCAAGUUGAGUGAAGGAUUUGGGACAAAACUGUGUGUCCCGGUGGAGGAGGGACAUUGGCUCUGUUUGUCCGAGACCUCAGGUGGGCAUCAACUACCAGCAUCCGACGGUGGUGCCGGAGGGCGACCUGGCCACGUGAGCAACACCACCGCCAUCGCCAUAGCCUGGUCCCGCCUGGACCUGAGGUUCGACAAGAUGUACGCCAAGCGGGCCUUUGUCCACUGGUACGUGGGAGAUGGGCUGGAGGAAGGGGAGUUCCAGGACGCGCGGGAGGACAUGGCGUCGCUGGAGAAGGACUGUCAAGAGGUGGCCCUGGAUUCCACCGACCUUACAAGAGCAGAGGAGGAAGGAGAGGAGUAG